UGAGCGUUGGAGGGUUGGGAGGGGACGCAAGCAGCUGAGUCCGUAAAAGAAGUGACCGCUAGCUUCAUGUCAACCAUACAGGCGUUACUGAACUAGCAAGAGCGGAAAUCUUUCCCAGGGAAGAAGGAGAGGGAGAGACAGAGGGAGAGUGAGGGGGGUCGCUGGAAGGGAUACUGGACUGCAUUUCCCUAACUUUGAACCGACUAAAUAUUAAUAUCGGUUUGGGUUUUACCUAUUUUUAAGAAGCUCGGGAAUAUCAGCUGUUGGAAGGUUAACGUGAGCUAGCCACCGCCAUCUCCUCUCAGUCGGAGCGACCGUGUCUUCCACACCAUGGGGAACGCUGCCACCGCCAAGAAGGGCAACGAGCUAGAGAGCGAGACUUUUGCCUUCUCCCAAACUGUAUCAAGUGAUGCACAAGAUGCUCAGACAAACUGCCCCUUGAAAGAGUUUCUAGCCAAAGCCAAAGAAGAUUUCUUACGGAAAUGGGAAUGCCCACCACAGAGCACAACGUGCCUAGAUGACUUUGAAAGAUUAAAGACCCUGGGUACCGGCUCAUUUGGAAGAGUCAUGCUGGUGAAACACAAAGGAACAGAGCAAUACUUUGCUAUGAAAAUACUGGACAAGCAGAAGGUGGUGAAACUCAAGCAAAUAGAACACACACUAAACGAAAAGAGGAUAUUACAGGCUGUGAGCUUUCCUUUCCUCGUCAAACUUGAGUAUGCGUUUAAGGACAACUCCAAUUUGUACAUGGUGAUGGAGUAUGUUCCAGGAGGAGAGAUGUUCUCACACCUAAGACGAAUUGGAAGGUUCAGUGAACCACAUGCACGUUUUUAUGCCGCUCAGAUAGUGCUGACAUUUGAGUACCUCCAUUCACUAGAUCUCAUAUACAGAGAUCUGAAACCUGAGAACCUUCUCAUUGACCACCACGGCUACAUUCAGGUGACAGACUUUGGAUUUGCGAAGCGGGUAAAAGGCAGGACCUGGACGUUGUGUGGGACACCGGAGUACCUGGCACCAGAAAUCAUUCUCAGCAAAGGCUAUAAUAAAGCUGUGGACUGGUGGGCUCUUGGAGUCCUCAUCUAUGAAAUGGCAGCUGGCUAUCCUCCAUUCUUUGCAGACCAACCCAUUCAGAUCUAUGAGAAGAUCGUGUCUGGGAAGGUACGAUUCCCGUCCCACUUUAGCUCGGACUUGAAGGACCUGUUGAGAAAUCUGUUGCAGGUGGAUCUGACCAAACGUUACGGCAACUUGAAGAACGGCGUCAACGACAUCAAGGGCCACAAAUGGUUUGCCACAACAGACUGGAUCGCAAUCUACGAGAGAAAGGUGGAGGCCCCGUUCAUACCAAAGUGCAGAGGCCCAGGGGACACCAGCAACUUUGACGACUACGAGGAGGAGGAAAUCCGCGUUUCUUUAACAGAAAAAUGCGCAAAGGAGUUUGCAGAGUUUUAGGAUGCGAGAACAUGGAUAAAUCAGGGAAAUAAGAGGAUCUUUGCACUCUUCUAAAGACUUGGGAUGGAGCAGAGACCAUCGUUUUUUCAGAUCUACUUCAUAGUCUUUUCAUUCCAUAAGGCUGAAUGAGGUCGCCAUGAUCCUUGGGUGCCGAUAACCUUUCACUGUCACGUACACCUGCGUAUUAAAGCAGACACACCACAUUUUUCUUUUUUUGUACCUACCCACUUUUUUUUUUUUUUUACUUUGACACAUAUUGUCUUGGAUGUUGUUAUCCCCUUUUAAAAUGUGAUAUUUUUAUGAGGAAAAACUGAGACAAUUACCAAUAAUAGUCCACACAUUGUAACUGACUUGUCUAUGGCCAUUCCCUCCGGUCGUUGGUGGUGUAUAUUUAAUGGUCCGUUACAAGUCCACAUCACAUUGGCUAUUGUAAAAUUCUGGCCAGCUUUCAGAGGUAGCAUUCGUCCUAUGUGCAUAUCUGUCAGUUUUGUAAGACAUUUGAACACGUUGAGUGUUGAAAGCAUGUCCAAAAUUUGAAAACGUUGGGUGACUCAAGAAGAGAAGUCCUGUCCUUUCUUUGCUUUUUGCUUAGAGAGCCAAGUCCUCAUACCCCCACAGAAGCAUCCAUUCUCUGUCUUCUUGGUAUUCUGACCCAGGCACCGCAAGCCAGUGCAGAAAAUGACAAACCUUGUUACAUUGGUCAAAUGCAAAUCAAGUUGUUUGUUUGAUCCUUAUGGAUCCGUUUGUUACAUGUAAAAUUUGGUAUCUAUUAUUUUGUCGCUGUGUCAAACAUUAUAGUCAUUAUCUGCCUAUUAAGACCCUUUUGUUAUGAGUCAGUGGAACAAUGGGACUUCAGUAAAUGCUAAAAGAGUGAAGUGAAAUCCUUUUUAGGAUUUUUAUCGAGUGUAACGUUAAGUUGAGAAGGUCAGUGUGAAUAGUGUUGUGGCUUUGUGCCUCAACACUGUCAGUGAAACCUAAAAUAAAAAUGUGUAAUGUAUUAAAUCAAUUAUGCUUUAAAAUUUUAGGAAACAGGAACGCAAAGCUAUGGUAAACAUAUUUACCAUAUUCUCCCUGUUAACACCCUCGAACAGAUUUUUGUUUCAUUCUUAUUAAAGAAUGUAGAUUUGCAACUUAUAGGUAUGCAUAUUUGAAAGCUUUAUUUCAAAGUAAAGUUUUCCUCACAAUACACUGGCUAAGUAAAGGCUGCUCCUUAAUAUCACAUCUAA